UGUCCGGGGCGGGCGGGCAGAGCCCGCGGCGUGGCGGCACCGCCGCCCCCCGCCCGGCAGCGCGGCGACCCCUGCCCGCCAUGGGGCCCGCCCGCGCCGAUUACCUGGCGCCCUGGUGGGCGGCGUGGCUGCACGGGCUCCCGCACCGCGGCCCGCACCUGCAGCCCGUGCCCAGCACCUUCCGCCCGCAGGACCCCGACUACCAGCAGUCGCUGCUUUUCCUGGGCUUGGUGGCCGCCGUGUGCCUCGGCCUCAACCUCCUCUUCCUCAUCGUGUACUUGAUCUGCUUUUGCUGCUGCAAGAGGGACCAGGACCCCGAGACCAAGCGGCCCCACUCGUGUUGUGUCACCUGGAUGGCCGUCACCGCCGGGCUCAUCUGCUGCGCGGCCGUCGGUGUCGGCUUCUAUGGGAACAGCGAGACCAACGAUGGGGUUUUCCAGCUGCUCUAUGCCCUGGACCACGCCAACCAGACCCUCACUGGCAUCGACUCCCUGGUUGCCAGCACCACACUGCAGAUGCAGGGAGAGCUGGAGCAGCACCUGGCCCGGCUGAACGAGCUCCUGGCCUCGCGGGGGGAUUACGUGCAGACCCUCAAGUUCACCCAGCAGCUGGCCAGCAGCAUUGCCCUGCAGCUGCAGGGGCUGCCAGCCUGGCAGGGGGUCAGUGCUGAGCUCACCGAGCUGUCGGGACAGGUCGCCUAUGUCGAGUAUUACCGGUGGUUGGCUUACCUGCUCUUCUUCAUCCUCGUCCUCACCGUCUGCCUGCUGGCCUGCCUGGGGCUGGCCAAGCACUCCCACUGCCUCCUGGUCAUGAUGCUGUGCUGUGGGCUGCUCAUGCUGGUCCUCAGCUGGGCCUCCAUGGCCGUGGACACGGCGGCCGCGGUGGGCACCAGCGACUUCUGCGUGGCCCCAGACAAGUUCAUCAUGAACCAGACAGAUGAUGAGAUCAGUGCAGAGGUGGUUCAUUAUUACCUGUACUGUGACCAGAGCCUGAGCAGCCCCUUCCAGCAGGCUCUCACCGUGUUCCAGCGCUCGCUGACCACCAUGCAGAUCCAGAUCCAGGGGCUCAUCCAGUAUGCACUGCCUCUCUUCCCAACAGCUGAGAAAGACCUGCUGGGCGUCCAGCAGCUCCUCAACUCCUCAGAGACCAGCCUGCACCAGCUCACAGCCCUGCUGGACUGCCGGGGGCUGCACAAGGAUUACCUGGACGGCCUCAUUGGCAUCUGCUACGACGGCGUGGAGGGGCUGCUCUACCUGGGGCUCUUCUCCCUGCUGGCGGCCGCCGCCUUCUCCACCGUCAUCUGCGCUGCCCCACGCGCCUGGAAGCAGCUGGCAGGGCGGGAGCGGGACUACGACGACAUGGACGAGGAGGAUCCCUUCAACCCGCAGGCGCGGCGCAUCGCCGCGCACCGCCCGGCGCGGGGGCAGCUGCGCAGCUUCUGCAGCUACAGCAGCAGCCUGGGCAGCCAGAGCAGCCUGCACCCCCCGGCGCAGACCAUGUCCAACGCGCCCGUCUCCGAGUACAUGAACCAGGCUGUGCUCUUCGGAGGGAACCCCCGCUAUGAGAACGUGCCCCUCAUCGGCAGAGGCUCUCCUCCCCCCACGUACUCCCCGAGUAUGAGAGCCACGUACCUGGCGGUCACCGAUGAGCACGUCCGGAGCCGCGGCAACUUCCCGGCUUAGGAGGAGAUUCCGCUCGGAAAACCAAAGAGCCUGGAGAGAGAACACACAGUAGGAGCCACAGCAGGGGCUGGAGGACGAGCCUGGAGCCCCCCAGCACCCCACUCCCCUCGGCAGCCCCCCCAGACCCAAAUCCUGCUGCCUUACGGGCUCCCGGGAGCACAGAGUUGUCUCCGGUGUCUUCUGCUGGGAAUGUUCUGGAGCACAAAUCCCCGGCCACGCUGCCUCCAGGUUCGGGCAGGGGCUCCUGUAGCAAUGCAGCACCAACCACUAGUGAUCCCAACCCCUUCCUGACCCCCCUUCCCUGCUGUCCCAGCUCCCCGUCCCCCCUCGCUGCCCCCCAGGCAGAGCGUUCCCAGGUUGAGGAAUUACAGAUGUUUUUUGGCCUUGCUGGUUUUCCUUUGCUGCCCCAGGGAUUUUGGGGUGAGUUUAGGCUCUUUUUGGCUCCCCAGGGUGGGUGUGGGCUGGGGCAGGCUCCCCUCCUGCUGCAGCCCUGGAGUGGUCACAAAUCCCCUGGGAGAGGGAUGGGAACUCCUGGGACAUCCUUGGGGUGGGUGAGAUGCCUGGGAAGGGACAACAUGGACCUGCCACCCCGGGAGCCACCCCAGCAAUUCCAGGGUGAGCAGUACGAGCUGAACUUGGCCCUUUGGGGCUGCUUUUGGCACAGGGAUCCCCAGGAAAUGCUCCUUCCCCCAGAGCAGGGAUGGACCCCAGCCCACCCCACCCCACAGGGCACUGGGCCAGGACAUCCCCCUGACUCCCCCUCUCCAAAUUCCCCAUGACUAGCAUCCCUCCCCUUGGGGAAAAUCCCGAGGGUUUUAUUUUUUAUUUUAUUUUUUUGGCUUUUAACGUUUCCAUGUAACAGUACUGGUAGAAGAGCUGUUGUAACCGCAUGUGAACUAACGAAGGGCUCCGGCUGGGAGCUGGAGCCCGGCUGGAUUUGUAUGUGCCCUUUUGGGGGGAAAGAUAAUAAACACUUGGACUAAA